AAAAAAAUUUUUUUUUUUUAUUUUUCCAACGUUGACAAAAGAUCUAUAAAAGCCCUCAACUUUCUUUUUCAUUUUACUUCACGAUUGCUGUUAAAAAUUUUUUUUCUUGAAAUAAAUAAUAGUAGUAAGUAAACUCUAUAUAUUAAUGAUAUAGAUUAAUUAUUUUUUUUUAUUUCCUUUCGCUAAUUCCAUUUGUUUUCCCUAUUUCUUUAUAAUCAUAUAGUUUAUCAAUCGUGUCUUGUACGUUAUUUACCAUGAAGGACAACUCUUUAUCUAAUGUUGACAUACAAAUUAUUAGAAUGAUAGAUAAAAAAAUAUUGUUCCCUUUGUCGGAAGAUAUAGUAAGUGAUAUGAUAAGUAAGUUACAAACGCAAGCUACAGUUAGAAGAACAAACCGCCAACCAAAACCGAUGAACAACUUUAUGGUUUUUCGACGUUGUCUAAAUCAUGUUGUAAAGAAAUCCUUACCUUAUGAUGGAAAGAAUCUCUCCCGUGUUGCUGCUCACAUAUGGAGAGAAGCUACCAUGGAGGAAAAAAAAUGCUAUGUGGAUUUAACUAAAUUACUUAAAGAACAACAUAGCAAAAUUUAUCCAAAUCAUAUCGAAAAACGCCAUAGAAAACCUCGUAUCAACUUCGUUUAUUGUAAUAAGAAAUAUAAAUCACCCAACCUUCAAAUAGACGAAAGUUGUGGUAUUAACAUUAUUACGGGAAACCAAGAAGGGAAUGGAGUUUCGUGCAGUUAUAAACAAAUCAACUGUCAAGUAAGAGAGACAGGUCGUGUAAACUUUAUUACGGAAAACCAAGAAGGGAAUGGAGUUCCCAUAUGAAUAUGGUCAUGCGGAUGGUCUUGAUACAUUUUUGGCUCAACAGCAAUAUCAGCAGAAUAGCUUUUAUUAUUCGGCACCUGAAACGUGUCAAACCUUUUACAUCGGAGAUUCAAACGCUGGUUUUUAUGGUAAUCAUAUUAGUAACUACUAUGCUGAUUUUCUACGUACAGAAGGAAACAAUUGUGAUUAAUGGAG